AUGGAGACUCUGCUCAGAACCCACCGCAGCGUCGAGCUGCUCCACCAGAUGCAGGGCCUGCCGGAGAGGCGGCGAACUCACGGCGGCGCCCGCGUGACCGCCGGGGGCUGGUCUAAGAGGGUCUGCGCCAUCGCCAGCCGCGGCGCCCUCCUGGAGCUCCUGCCGGAGAUGAAGAAGGAGAAGCUCGACUUCGAGCUCCCCAAAUACGACCACUCCAUGGGCAAGACCCUCGACCUCGCCGUCGUCGGCGGCGGCCCAGCGGGCCUCGCGGUGGCGCAGCUGGUCGCCGAGCAGGGCCUCUCCGUCUGCUGCAUCGACCCUUCUCCGCAGAUCAUUUGGCCCAACAACUACGGCGUCUGGGUCGACGAGUUCGCCGCCAUGGACCUCCUGGAUUGCCUCGACACCACCUGGCCUGCCGCCGUCGUCCAUGUCGACGACGCUACCAAGAAGCUCCUCGACCGCCCCUACGCCCGCGUCAACCGGAAGCAGCUCAAGAUGAAGAUGAUGAACAGAUGCGUCUCCCAUGGCGUCACCUUCCACCAGGCCAAGGUCGUGAAGGUGACCCACGGCGAGUUCUCCUCGUCCCUCCUCUGCAGCGACGGCGCCGCCGUGGCGGCGCGCCUGGUUCUCGACGCAACCGGAUUCUCCCGCUGCCUGGUUCAGUACGACAAGCCCUACAAUCCCGGCUACCAGGUGGCCUACGGCAUCCUCGCAGAGGUGGAGGAGCACCCAUUCGAGCUCGACAAGAUGCUGUUCAUGGACUGGAGGGAUUCUCAUCUCGCAGGGAAGAAGGAACUGAAGGAGAAGAAUGGGAAGGUGCCCACCUUCCUCUACGCCAUGCCCUUCUCCUCGGAUAGGAUCUUCCUCGAGGAGACCUCCCUGGUGGCUCGCCCUGGUCUGCAAAUGGAGGACAUUCAGGAGAGGAUGGUGGCCAGGUUGAGGCAUCUGGGCAUCAGGGUGAAGAGUAUCGAGGAAGACGAAAGGUGCAUCAUCCCUAUGGGAGGGCCACUCCCUGUGCUGCCUCAGAGAGUUCUGGGCAUCGGCGGCACCGCCGGCAUGGUCCAUCCCUCCACCGGGUACAUGGUGGCGAGGACUCUGGCUGCGGCGCCGGUGGUGGCGAGCUCCAUCGUCAGCUACCUCGGCGGCGGCGGGGGGCUCGCCGGGGACGACCUCUCUGCGGCGGUGUGGAAGGAGCUCUGGCCCAUUGAGCGGCGGCGCCAGAGGGAGUUCUUCUGCUUCGGCAUGGAUAUCCUCCUGAAGCUCGAUCUGCAAGGAACCAGGAGAUUCUUUGACGCCUUCUUCGACCUGGAGCCCCGCUACUGGCACGGGUUCCUGUCUUCCAGGCUCUUUCUCCCCGAGCUCGUCUUCUUCGGGCUCUCCCUCUUCUCUCAAGCCUCCAACGUCUCCAAGCUGGAGAUCAUGGCCAAAGGUACGCUCCCCUUGGUGAACAUGAUAAAUAACUUGAUCAGAGAAAGAGAAUAG